GUAGGGCCCUUGCAUUAACGAAGGUUAGGCAUCAGGCGGAGGCGCCUGAACUAUUUCAACGACUGAAGACCGGUCGCUCAUUCCUUGCGCAUUGCUGCUUUGGUAGAUGCGUGUUACCGCAUAGAGCAGCCUGCUUGCAAUUCAGUUUUUGAUCUCUAAGAUAGAGCAGCGCCUGCAAAAGGCGCAGACGCUUUCGUCAGAUGCUUCCUGCGUCGCUUCAACGCAAGGCCGCUGCCGUUGGCGGUCGCGGCCCCACCAACCAGAGUCGCGUGGCAGUUCGCGUCUCUGCUCAGCCGAAGGAAGCUCCUCCCGCCUCGACACCCAUCGUUGAGGACCCGGAGAGCAAGUUCCGCCGCUAUGGCAAGCAUUUCGGCGGCAUUCACAAGCUGAGCAUGGAUUGGCUUGAUAGCGUUCCUCGCGUGCGCGUGCGCACCAAGGACUCUCGCCAGCUGGACGAUAUGUUGGAGCUGGCAGUGCUCAACGAGCGCCUUGCGGGUCGCUUGGAGCCCUGGCAGGCUCGUCAGAAGCUUGAGUACCUCCGUAAGCGGCGGAAGAACUGGGAGCGCAUUUUCGAGUACGUGACGCGUCAGGAUGCGGCCGCGACCCUGGCCAUGAUCGAGGAGGCAAAUCGCAAGGUGGAGGAGUCGCUGAGCGAGGAGGCACGCGAGAAGACUGCUGUAGGCGACCUCCGAGACCAGCUGGAGUCGCUGCGCGCGCAGGUGGCGCAGGCGCAGGAGCGCCUUGCUAUGACGCAGUCGCGCGUGGAGCAGAACCUACAGCGCGUGAAUGAGCUGAAGGCGGAGGCGACCACGCUAGAGCGCAUGCGCAAGGCCUCGGACCUGGACAUCAAGGAGCGCGAGCGCAUCGCCAUCUCCACUGUCGCCGCCAAGGGACCGGCCUCGAGCAGCAGCAGCGCCGCCGCCGUCAGCGCCCCCGCCACGUCGGCCACGCUGACGGUGGAGCGCCCCGCCGCCACCACGGUGACGCAGGAGGUGCCGUCCACCAGCUACGGCACCCCCGUGGACCGCGCGCCGCGCCGCAGCAAGGCGGCCAUCCGGCGCAGCCGCGGGCUGGAAAGCAGCAUGGAGAUUGAGGAGGGCCUGCGCAACUUCUGGUACCCCGCUGAGUUCUCAGCGCGCUUGCCGAAGGACACGCUGGUGCCCUUUGAGCUGUUUGGCGAGCCGUGGGUGAUGUUCCGUGAUGAGAAGGGGCAGCCCUCCUGCAUCCGCGACGAGUGCGCACACCGCGGCUGCCCGCUCAGCCUGGGCAAGGUGGUGGAGGGACAGGUCAUGUGCCCCUACCACGGCUGGGAGUUCAACGGCGACGGCGCCUGCACCAAGAUGCCCUCCACGCCCUUCUGCCGCAAUGUGGGCGUUGCCGCGCUGCCUUGCGCGGAGAAGGAUGGCUUCAUCUGGGUCUGGCCCGGCGACGGCCUGCCAGCGGAGACGCUGCCGGACUUCGCCCAGCCGCCAGAGGGCUUUCUGAUCCACGCGGAGAUCAUGGUGGAUGUGCCUGUGGAGCACGGCCUGCUGAUUGAGAACCUGCUGGACCUGGCGCACGCGCCGUUCACGCACACCAGCACCUUCGCGCGCGGCUGGCCUGUGCCCGACUUCGUCAAGUUCCAUGCCAACAAGGCGCUCUCGGGCUUCUGGGACCCCUACCCCAUCGACAUGGCCUUCCAGCCGCCCUGCAUGACGCUGUCCACCAUCGGCCUGGCGCAACCCGGCAAGAUUAUGCGCGGCGUGACCGCCAGCCAGUGCAAGAACCACCUGCACCAGCUGCACGUGUGCAUGCCCUCCAAGAAGGGCCACACGCGGCUGCUGUACCGCAUGAGCCUGGACUUCCUGCCCUGGAUGCGCCACGUGCCCUUCAUCGACCGCAUCUGGAAGCAGGUGGCGGCGCAGGUGCUGGGCGAGGACCUGGUGCUGGUGCUGGGCCAGCAGGACCGCAUGCUGCGCGGCGGCAGCAACUGGUCCAACCCCGCGCCCUACGACAAGCUGGCGGUGCGCUACCGCCGCUGGCGCAACGGCGUAAACGCCGAGGUCGCACGCGUGCGCGCCGGCGAGCCACCGUCCAACCCCGUGGCAAUGAGCGCGGGCGAGAUGUUCUCGGUGGACGAGGAUGACAUGGACAACUAGAAGCCACGUGGCGUGGAUUGGCGAGCGGAGGUGGCAGGAGCGAGCAUGGGCGUGGUGGAGGAUAGAGCGGCGAGGGCAGCUAGGGCCGUGGUGCAGGCGGCGGGGUGUACAUGGCUGAGGUGGGCAGCGGCAGGCGCAGCAAACGCGGCUAGAGACCGAGGCCAAUUCAUGCAGGAGCCCGUCGAGAGCGUGUUAGGGUCAGCUUCAGGGUAUUACGGGUGCAUGAGUGUGGUAGGUACAGGUGGUUAGGCGUCCAUGUUUGAGCCACUGCGUGUGCAAAUAGUGCUUGGACAGCCGUGCGCCAGGUGCGUAAUAGUAUGUCCAUGGAUCACUGAACAAUGAGAAGAUACAAUCUGUGGACUCAUACAUAGUGCGGGGUUUGUUAUCAGAUGUCGGGCGGCCGCGCAGUGUGUGUCGCUGGAAGGUAUCGGCAAUGUGCGAGGAAGUGUACACUGUUGGUGCCUGUAGCUAGUGCGCUUGGUGCGUCGCGUGUGUGCAAGUCAUGGUUCCUGGCGGGAGUCAGCGUGCAAUGGACCACUUCAUCCGCUGCCCGGAUGUUAAGGUACGUGUGCGUUGAGGAUGAGAGUCUGGUUGGAGAGCCAGUGGCAGAGGGGCAAGGCCCUUUGCUACUUUGUGAUCGCGUGCUCAUCGUUGCUAUUGUUUUUUGCCGGCGUAAGCGGCGUGGUGGAGGACGCAACGUGUGCUGCAGCUGGGUGUUGAGAUCGAGGGACCCGAAGCACACGGCUCAGAAGAACGUUUUCAUCCAGCCUGGAGAGGUGUGCGUGUGCUGCGGUCAAUGAGUUUGCGCUGGCGUCCAGAACGACUCUUGGGGAUGCGUUGUUGAGACGUAGGGUUAGGGUUUGGUAUGAAGUGCACCGAAAGAGCAGCAGUGAGUGGCAAGUGCCCCUUUCUGCGCUGUUCGGCCCCUGCAAGUUGAAGUAGUUCUUGGAUGCAGUCCCAACCCGGGCAUGCGGUCGGUGCUGGUGUAUCAAACAAUCUGGAGUUUUGGUGUCCGGCCAUGGGUGUCGCUGUGUGUGUUCAUUUCGGGGAGGCUGAGUUCCAACGGCCCCUAGGCCGCCGCUUGGGGGUCUCCGCUGUGUACCAUUGAAUCGGUCUGCAGACUGGGUUCCGUACCCAAUUAAUUUUGUUUCGCGGUCUUUCAUAACGCGUAAGAACCCGCGUCGGAAGAGUGGAAAUGGUUGGUGGUGAGAAGGAGCGGCUCGUCAGUACGGAGGUGUUGACGGAGCUCCAGUGAGAAAGUACAGCGAAAUACUGUAACGCUAGCUGCUG